GCAGCACACUCACCAAGCGCACGGAGGGACGUUAACGAACAGUCUGAUCAAGAAAGGGGGGAUUAAAUAAUUUUUUGGGGAAAGAAAAUUCGAACCGACCCUCUUUCUGGUUCUUUGUCCAGGCAGCCUUGACUCGCUUGCUCGCCACGAUGAGAACUGACUUCGCUCUGGUCCUGACAGCAGCCCUGCUUCUUGACACAUUCUGGAGGAAUAAUGGGGAGCACGCUUCCAAAAGUCCCUGCCAACCUGGCUUCUCACAAAGCUUCUACUCAGUGCUGAUUUCAAGGGAUGUACUGCAAGGUCAGGGCAUACUUAAAGAUACUACUGUCUCAUCACAGAAAGUGAAGUUUGAUGACUGCAUGGGAAAUGAAGGUGUGGUAUUCCAGAGCAGCAACCCUAUCUUUGGGGUGCGGACAGAUGGAUCCAUCUUUGCCCAACAAGAGGGAGCCAGCCUGGACGAACCAGUCCAGUUGAAACUGACAGCAAGUGGUCCACACACACAUGUCUGGGAGACUAUGGUGCAGCUGGCACUGAUUGACCUACCAUCACCUCAACAAACUGGAAAUGAGGUCACAGAGGAUGAAAGGAAAGUUGCUGGGAGAAAAGAGAAGAAGGAGGCGGUACAAAAAUCACCUCCUGUCAUCAUGUUCCCAGGGUCCGGUCUCGACAGUACCAAGGGUCUACGAAGACAGAAGCGGGACUGGGUAAUCCCACCAAUCAAUGUGGCUGAAAAUUCUCGAGGACCGUUCCCUCAGAUGCUUGUCAGUAUUCGUUCAGACCAGGACCAGGACAUCUCCAUCCGGUAUAGCAUCACCGGGGUGGGAGCGGAUCAACCACCAAACGAGGUGUUCAGUAUCGACCCCGUGCUCGGAAAGAUGUUUGUCACUAAACCGCUUGAUCGAGAACAUCGCUCCUCCUAUCAUCUACGAGCCCAUGCUGUGGACAUGAACGGGAACCAAGUUGAGAACCCCAUCGAUCUGUACAUCUUUGUAAUCGAUAUGAACGACAACAGACCCGAGUUCAAAAACCAGGUCUACAAUGGCUCUGUGGACGAAGGCUCGAAACCAGGAACAUAUGUGAUGCAUCUGUCAGCAUUCGAUGCAGAUGACAACACCACAGCUAAUGGAAUGGUGCGCUACCGAAUCCUGUCCCAGACGCCACACAGCCCAAUCCCUAACAUGUUUACCAUCAACAGCGAAACUGGGGACAUUGUGACAGUAGCGCCUGGUCUUGAUCGAGAGAAAGUGUCCCAGUAUACCAUUAUCGUGCAGGCCACGGACAUGGAGGGCAACCUGAACUUUGGCCUUUCCAACACAGCCACUGCCAUCAUCACUGUCACGGACAUCAAUGACAACCCUCCCAUGCUGACCUCCAGAACUUUUUCUGGAGAGGUCCCAGAGAACCGAGUGGAUAUUGUGGUGGCUAACCUGACAGUUAUAGAUGCUGAUCAGCCACACUCGCCUAAUUGGAAUGCCAUCUACAGGAUCAUCAGUGGAGACCCUUCUGGGCACUUUACCAUCCGCACCGACCCUAUUACCAAUGAUGGCAUGGUCACUGUGGUAAAGCCAGUAGACUUUGAGAUGAACCGCGCCUUUAUGCUGACAGUGGUGGUGUCCAACCAGGCCCACCUGGCCACUGGCAUCCAAUCCUCACUCCAGUCAACAGCUGGUGUCACCAUAUCUGUCCAGGAUGUUAACGAACCUCCUUACUUUCCCACAAACCCAAAACACAUCCGGUUUGAGGAAGGUGUCCCUGCUGGGACCAGCCUGACGACCUUCUCGGCGUCAGAUCCUGACAGACUUCAGAUGCAGCAGAUAAUCAGGUAUUCAAAGCUGAACGACCCUGCAGACUGGCUGUCCAUCAAUAGAACCAACGGUCAGAUAGUCACCACAGCCAUGCUCGACCGGGAAUCUGUCUAUGUAAAAAACAACAUAUAUGAAGCCACAUUUCUGGCGACAGACAAUGGCUCUCCUGCAGCCAGCGGCACAGGCACACUGCAGAUCUAUCUGAUAGAUAUUAAUGACAACCCCCCAGCACUCAUACCAAGAGAGUCUCAGAUCUGUGAAAGGAUGUACAGGAAUGUCAACGGUGUCAACAUCACUGCUGCUGAUGCCGACACAGACCCCAACGCUGGACCUUUUGUCUUCGAGCUGCCCACAUUUCCCACCACCAUCCGACGCAACUGGACAAUUUCUCGGCUCAACGGUGAUUUUGCCCGUUUGACUCUACGAUACCAAAUAUAUUUAGAGCCAGGAGUGUAUGAAGUCCCCAUAAUUGUGUCAGACUCGGGGAACCCUCCACUGUCCAACAGGUCAGUCAUCAAAGUUAAGGUGUGUCCCUGUGAUGAAAACGGAGACUGCACCACCCUCGGGGCUGUGGCAGCUGCUGGCCUGGGUACUGGAGCCAUCAUCUCAAUUCUCAUCUGCAUCAUCAUACUACUCAGCAUGGUGCUGUUGUUUGUGGUGUGGAUCAAGCGCAGAGAGAAGGAGAGGCAGACAAAGCAACUGCUUAUUGACCCUGAAGAUGAUGUCAGGGACAACAUCCUUAAGUAUGAUGAAGAGGGAGGAGGAGAAGAGGACCAAGACUAUGACUUAAGCCAGCUGCAGCAACCUGACUCCUUGGAGCACAUCAUCAGCAAGCCACCUGGUGUCCGCAGGGUGGAUGAACGUCCCAUCAUCCCCGAGUCCCAGUAUCCCAUCAGACCUGUUGUGCCCCACCCUGGAGACAUCGGGGACUUCAUCCAUGAGGGACUGCGAGCAGCAGACAACGACCCCACAGCCCCUCCAUAUGACUCCUUGCUGGUGUUUGACUACGAGGGUAGCGGCUCCACCGCCGGCUCUGUCAGCACGCUCAACUCCUCCAGCACAGGAGACCAGGACUAUGACUACCUCAACGACUGGGGCCCCCGAUUUAAGAAGCUGGCUGACAUGUACGGAGGAGGGGAUGAUGAUUAAAUUUGCCCAGUCACACAUGUACACACACAGACACACACACACACACACACACACACACACCCUUGUCCCGUCAGCUGGCCUGCCAUGCUCUGACCCCUAAAACAAGGGGCUGUUACAUCCUUAUUGAACACAUGUUCACACUGACCAACGGACUGACCAACCAACCAAUCGAAUUACCCACCACAGAGGACCAGUGCCAUGAGUCAGUUUCGGGUGCUGUUCUCAACCGUCUCCUGCUCUAAGCCUGUCUAUGACUGAAAUGGAAGCUCAGAUUUUCAGGCUUCUCUCGUAUUUUCACACUAUUGUGCUUUUGUUUUAUUUGAAUGUUUUAUUGUAGAUGUAGGUUUUAGUUUUGUCAGAUUUUUUUUUUUUACUUAUAUUUGUGUAGCCUUUUUUUAAUUAUUAUUUUUAUCCUCACUCCCCUUCUAUUCAACCUGUUCCCCAUUCCUGAGGGUUAUCACUUUUCCCUUGCUGUCAGCCCCGCCCGACUCUCUGAAGAAGCUUUAGGUUGAGCUGCUUGCUUUGUCUGAGGCAAACAAAAGGAAAGAAAAGGAGAAAAAGAACAUCGAUAUGAAAGGCCUUCCUGCGCGAAGGGCCCUUGUUUAUUCUUUCUUGAACUUGAAUUACUUAGAACAGAAGCACUGUUGUUUAAAAAAGUGCCUUCAGUGGUGCGUAUUUUAGCAGACUCCCGCUAACUCAGGAUUGGUUGCCAUUUUCUGGGCUUACACGCCCCCAUAUGACCCCCGACCCUUUAAUUCAAACCUCCCUUGUCAUUUCUCCCGUUGUACUGCGGGAGAUGUCAGUUCAGAGGAGUGGUGACUGGCCAAUGAGGGCGCUUUAUGUAGACAUACUGUACAUAGGCCUACAGUGUGUCUGUAACUUACAGACAAAUCAUUAACUUUUCAAGUCAGGCAUAUCUGUGCUCCUAGAUCACAGCCAACUUGAAUGUGAUUGAUUAAAUCACAAAAAUACAUAACGGGACUGUCUUAGAGAAGAAAUGCAUUAUGUGUCCUUGUUUAUCGUGGCUUCAAUAGCAGCUGUGUUUGUUUUGAGCUCUCUGUGUUUGCAGCUAAAACUUGAUAUGGCUUGUUACUAAAUUUGAAGAUUGUUUGAAGUCACAUGUGUUACCUCUGUAGUGUUACUAUGUAUGAAGUACAGAUGAGGGUUAUUUCAGAAAAUGCAUUUGAAGGUCUGCCUUUCAGAUAACUUGAGGUCUGCAUGUAUCCAAAGGUAACAACAUGGCUCCAGUUAUUGUGCAGUAGAAAUGUCACAGAAACGGUAUUAACUGUACUUUUAUGAAGGGGAAAAAAAGCUACUAGAUGACUUCAAAUAGCUCUGAUAGCAUUACUUACAGAACAGUGAUCUUGUCCAGGCCCCAUUCUGAGUCCCUCUGUCUCCCUCGCUCUUUAUUUUUUAUUUUUUCCCUUCUGUUGACUCACUGUUGUUUCUCAACAAACUUUUAAUAUACAAACUCUGGUGCUGGUCCCUGUCAGAGAAACUGUGGGAAUUGAGCCUCAGCCAGGGACUUAGUGCCUUCACAAUCUGUCUCUUUUCAGGCAGCGUUUCAUUCAUCUGAAAUUUUCUCCUAAAAUUUUUGGCUUUGAGUUCAAGAGGUUUUUAAAAGAAGUUAGUAAAAGGGAAAGUCUAUAAGAAAUUCUGCACUUUAUCAAAGCAGAAAAGCAAAACUAAAGCUUCAGUAAUAAUGUUUUCUAUGAGACAGACAUUUUGAAAGGCAGUUUUGUUGUGACUUAAUGAAAGAGCAGCACUACCCCGGGUUUUUAUAAUCAUAUUUCAGGGCAAUGUAAAGAGAACUGGGGGUGUGGGGGGGUGGUCUGUGUUUUAUUUUAUUUAAAUACACAAAACAUUUCACAGAGGGACCAGACGCUGGCUACGGAUAGAAAGGUUUAAUCAUUCCUUAUCUUCUGAGCACCCAUUCAAAGGCUUCUCAGUGGUAGCUAGUGUGGAUUGACCAGUUCUUCUAUAAAUUAAGAAUAUAAUGAAUACUGGGUAGAAAUCUCAACAGUUAUCUUCAGAUGACAUGACAAGAAUGAUUCUGCACUCUUACUCUUUUUUUUUUCCUGCCAUUUUUUCACCUGCUCACUGUUCAUUUACUCAGAUAAAAACAAUAUGGCCAAAAGAGCAUUUUAAGUAUAAUCAUGAAAAAUGAUGAUGUGACAAAAGUAAGUAUGCUUUCAGAGUGGAUGUAUAGAAGUUGACUUCUGACAAGAUAAAUGUAUUUUUUAUGCAAACUUAAUAGAAAUAAAAAGAGGAAUAUGAUUUAACUAUGGACAAGGAAAGGAACAUCUAUAUAUAUAUAUAUAUAAUUAAUAAAGCUCACAGGGUAACAAUCUCUUUAAAAUGAGAUAGUUGUAACUCAAAUCUUGCGUUGUAGAGCCUGAAACCGGUGAUGUUCAGCACAGCUGUCAGCUCAGACAUGAGAAACUGAGUGGUUCCCCCAGCUUACUGCUGGAUAAGCUCUUAUCUAUCCGACUGCUCCUCACCCUCCAGAAUAUCUACACAAAAUAAACACAGCUGUUACUUUCUGCUAUUUGUGAUUAUUUCUGACAUGUGUUGUAUAUACAGAACAUUUUUAUACAUUUGAUGACAUGAUUUAUCUGUUUCUGUGUGGUCUUUGCAUUCCCUUUCUCCGUAGUUUUGUUUCAGUCAAAUACCUGGCAAAUUAUAUUUCACAAAAAGCCAUGUGCAUUUAAACGAAUCUGUAGGAUUCUAUAAGAGCUUACAGCCAUACUCGUGUCGCUGUUCAACUUUUGCUUCAUUUUUAGCAAAAAGGCUCCACUUAAAACCAACUUGUACAGUCUAUACUAGUACACACUCACUCCUUUAGGCCUUACUGUAUAUGUGAGUGUUCUAUAAUAUAGGAGCCCUUUUAGCGUUGUUCUAAUUCAGCAGUAAAGCUGCAACUUUACUGAUGGCCAUCCAGUGUUUGCAGAAUAAAGAUGUGCUUCACGGACCGCUCGUACUUUCUUAUUGGACAUUCAGGCCAGAUUCAGGGCCAGUCGUAACACAAAGCCCCACUUUACACAACAUAACUGACCUUUAGAACUGUGUUGUUUAGAUAACACGAUGACAUUACAAUACUGAAUGUUUGUCAAUGACUCACAAUUACACAGCAGCAAAUAUAUCAGUGGAUUGGGUCAGGUUUUGGCUCCCCAUUUAAAUGCAAUUUAUAAGGGGAAAGAAAGGGUGUUUGGCCAUUACUUGUUACAUACCUGGUCCACUUGUUUUAUUGAUGUUCCUCUACUAAAGGGAGAGAAAGAAUUAACAAACAAGAAUACAGGAAGAAAUAUUGCACUGCUGCAGUCCAACCCCAACUUCUGUUUUAGUUAAAGGACAUUUAGUCUCACUCUGGACACUGCCUGACCACAGACACACCCAUGAUGGGAGGCUCCAACAGAAGCCAAACGUUUGUCCUGCAAUGGCAAGAAUCACAAAGACAAGCAGCAGUGUUUCAUGAAAGUUAUCCUAAUACUAUUCAAGUCCAAGUGUACAUAAUGUAGUAUUUGCUUGAAGCUAAAGAGACAAAGUUAGCCAAACUGUAACUGUACAACUGGAGCUUUUUGCAUGUGUCUUUUUUAUAAUGGACAGAUGAGUUCUAUUACAGUAACCAUACUACAUUUCAAAAAGUGUUGCAGCCCGCAUGACAGGCGCUGCAGUCCAGAAGGCAUUCUGGUUGUACCAUAGUCACAUAGUUUCAAAUGGAGGAGAAAAAAAAAUUAUGAAAAAAUAAUUGCACAGUUAUUGAGUCAAAAGACUUUUUUUGUAAAUUGUCAACAGCACAAAUAUUUUGUAUUGUUGUUUGUACCAUUUUGUAAAAAAAAAAAAAAAAAAAAAAAAAAAAGAGAGAAAAAAAUCAACAAAAAAAAGGGACCGAGUCUGUUGUUUCAAGCGUGUGUUUAUAGUGCCACUGCAAUCUUGGUUUCCAAAUACCGUACAGUACAUGCGCAGCCUUGCAGAUCAACCUUGUAAUAUAGACGCUGAGCUGGAGAUUCCCUGUCAGCACCAUGUGUUAUAAAUAAAAUUUCCCCUCCUUGUAAGAA